CAAGCGCGGGGGUCCGCGCGGAGGCCUGGGCCGCGCGGCCAGGGGAUGGUGGGCCCCUGCGCUUGUGCGGCGGCAAGGGCACCCCCAGAGCAGCCGUGCCCCCGGGCUGCCCCGGCCGGGCGCUUGACAGUGAACCCGGGGGAAGUUGGGCAGCCGUGAGUUUGCCCAUCGCCGUUAAGUGUCCUUAGGAUGCAGUGAUUAAGGAAUUAGGCUCUCCCUCCGGGAGGGGCACUGCCUGCGCUUUAGAGCCCGGUGCAGAGAAGGACAGAAUGAUGCUGUCCGAGCAAGCCCAAAAGUGGUUUCCUACCCACGUGCAGGUCACAGUGCUCCAAGCCAAAGAUCUUAAGCCCAAAGGCAAAAGUGGCACCAAUGACACAUACACUAUAAUUCAGCUGGGCAAGGAAAAGUACUCCACCUCUGUAGCUGAGAAAACCCUUGAGCCGGUCUGGAAGGAAGAGGCCUCUUUUGAGCUACCUGGAUUGCUAAUGCAGGGGAAUCCAGAGAAAUACAUUCUUUUCCUUAUAGUUAUGCACAGGUCCCUGGUGGGUCUGGAUAAGUUUUUAGGGCAGGUGGCAAUCAAUCUCAAUGACAUCUUUGAGGACAAACAAAGAAGGAAAACAGAGUGGUUUAGAUUAGAAUCCAAACAAGGAAAGAGAGCCAAACACAGGGGUGAGAUAAAGGUCAAUAUUCAAUUCAUGAGGAACAAUAUGACAGCAAGUAUGUUUGACUUAUCAAUGAAGGACAAAACGAGAUCUCCUUUUGCAAAAUUAAAAGAUAAGAUGAAAGGUAGAAAAAACGAUGGGACGUUUUCUGAUACGUCUUCUGCGAUCAUUCCAAGUCCCCACAUGCCCGAUGCCAGUACUGAGUUUUCAAGUGGUGAAAUGCAGAUGAAAUCCAAACCAAAAAAGCCUUUCCUUUUGGGUCCUCAGCGACUCUCUUCAGCACAUUCAAUGUCUGAUUUGACUGGGACCCACAUAUCUUCUGAGAAACUGAAGUCUGGCACCACCGGUCAAACGCAUCUUCUCGGACGCCAGAUAGAUUCCUUCGGAGCGGUUCCAGAAAGUGGAAGUCUCAAAUCUCCACACAGAAGAACAUUAAGCUUUGAUACUUCUAAAAUGAACCAACCUGACAGCAGUGUGGAUGAAGGUGAAUCGUCUUUCGGAAGACAAAAUGACCCAUUUACAAAUGUGACUGCUUCAUUACCCCAAAAAUUUGCAACACUGCCAAGGAAGAAGAAUCCAUUUGAAGAAAGCAGUGAAUCCUGGGACAGCAGCGUGAAUUUGUUUUCAAAAUCUGUUGAAGUAAGGAAAGAAAACAAAAGGGAGAAAAGGGAGAAAGUUAGCCUGUUUGAAAGAGUGACUGGAAAAAAAGAUAGCAGAAGAUCUGAUAAACUUAACAAUGGGGGAUCUGAUAGCCCUUGUGACUUGAAAUCACCCAAUGCAUUUAGUGAAAAUCGUCAGGACUGUUUUGAUUAUGAGUCGACUAAUCCGUUUACAACAAAAUUCAGGGCUUCAAAUAUAAUGCCAUCUUCAAGUUUUCAUAUGAAUCCAACAAGCAAUGAGGACCUCAGGAAAAUCCCGGACAGCAACCCCUUUGAUGCCACUGCAGGGUAUCGUGGUCUUACCUACGAGGAGGUUCUCCAGGAGCUGGUGAAGCACAAAGAGCUCCUUAGGAGGAAAGACACGCACAUCCGGGAACUCGAGGACUACAUUGACAACCUCCUCGUACGGGUCAUGGAGGAGACGCCCAGUAUCCUCCGGGUGCCCUACGAACCGUCCCGGAAAGCUGGCAAGUUCGCCAACAGUUAAUAAGCCGGUUGUACUGCACGUGCGGUUAGGGGGCCAAAAGAAAAGAAGAAAGAGACCGAGAAAGAAGAAAAUCUUGGUACUUCGAGAAACCAUAUUAUCAGGCUUCCUUACAUACUCUCCUUCAUUGCGAAAAAUUAUUUUACGUGUAAAUAGUAGCAGGGACUAUCAAGAGUGACCUUUGAAGUGAGCUAAGUUAUUUAAACCUUUAAAGUGAAAAUGGGCCAGGUUCUCCAUGAAUCAGCAGUUCCUUGGGAUUCACUUAGGUGCUGGUGUCGGCCCACGACCCGCAAUAGGCCUAGCGGUAGCUUCGGAAGUCCACGACUUCUUAUUCCUCAGGAAUAGAUUUCCCCUAAAGCAGAAUCGAUGUUCUGGCCGGUUUCUCGGAAGUCGUUUUGUAGACCCAUUUAGCUGCAGGAAUCCUGUUCAUUCCAAACACUAAAAAGAAGUUCCUGUUUUAUAUGCAUCUGUAUGUAUACAUGAAUGUAUGUUCAUGUAUCUUUGUGUAUAAAAUACAUGCAUAUACCUCAUAUAUACAUGUGGUUUUAGAACAUUUAAAAACAACUGGCUGCCUCUAAAAUUAGGAUACCAGUUUCUUAAUGUGAAAAAUCUGUGUGUGCUCUAUCGCUGCAGAGCACAAUCAUGAUGGCUACUAUAUUACGUUUUGUUAUCGGGAAGCCGCUUCUGGUCACUCUUGACUUUGUGAACCUUGGUUUCAAAAUGAGCUGCUCCUCUGUAUUAGUCCAGUAUCGGAUGUUUGCUCUUUUUUCUAAAAGGAAUGAUCCAAAAGAAAAAAAAAAUUUUAAGGCAUGACCUGUUUUAGGAAACUUGAUUAGCUUCCCGAGAGCAAUUUUUUGUAUCCUCACAUUUGAGUUUUGUUCACGUGAAAGAGAAGCUGAGGUAGUCUGUUUUGUUGAGAUUCUGAAUGCCUGUAAGUCGCUGGCAAAGAAAAUGCCAGGAAGUGAGAUCUGAAAAUACUUCUGAGGGGAAAAAAGGAGGUGAUCGGCUGAUGCCUGAUCACCCAAAGCAAUGAGCAGAUUCUAGGAAUGAAGAAUUAGGCUUGGUUUCAAGUUACGUAAAUAAUGGAACAGAUGGUUGCGUUUGGGUCUUGAACCAAAUAAGAGCCACUGAAGGAGGAGCGAGUGGUUGGAACAGACCUUCCGAGCCCGGCCCUGGACACGGUUCUCCAUCUGCCCUUAAAAAUUGGUUUAUCACAAAAUUCUAUGUUGGCUCUUUCCUUAAGUCGGUUCCCCCCAAAUGCCGAGUACUUCCAGGAUUCAUCUUUAGAUAUUUGUACGAAAUUCACUUGCAAUUUACAGUGGAAAACAGUGGUAUAAAAAUAUUGCUAGUCACCGGCUUUUUUUUUUUU